AUCUGCUCUCAAAGUAGCGCAAUAACUUUGUUUAUACCCGGCCUGUCAAACAAACUUAUUUAUGACUCAAACAGUAACACGGUACAGUAUAUCUAUCGAUGACGGCUUUGUCAGGGAAAGCACAACAUUCAGAGAAUUGAGUAGCAAUGCUAAAUGCAUACUUGCCGAUAUACUGUCAAUAACGAAUGGGGACUUAGCAAAGACAGCCUCCUUCUUGGAUAGGCUUUUAAACGAAACUCAAGCGAAAAUACAACUUCUUGCAGACAAUGAUAUGAGUGAUGAGGAGUUCUAUGUGAAGCUAACUAAGUUAAAAACCGAGCAUAGAGAUACUCUUGAUAUUAUUGAGAAACUUUAUCUGAGUCCGGACAUACAUCCUGAGGAAGAAAACAAUACUUUCUAUGAAUAUACAGAAAAUGCAGUUCAUCAAGACAAUUGUUACAGCGGGAAAGAGAAGUGUCGAAAUAAACAAAUGCUAGAGGAAGAGUUAGACUGUGAACCUAGUGAAAAUAAUGUGUGCUUGUCUCGAGAAAAUGAAUGUCGGAGUUUGAGAUCUCGAGAAAGUUAUCUUGGUGACUCAAGAAAAAAAAUAAAUGAAAACGAGAUAAACAAUGGUGAUCAUGAUAAUAACAGUUCUUAUCAUGACUUCAGUACAUCACCUGCAUCCUGGAAACAUCACAUCACAGUACCAGAACCAUUUGAAAUGACAAAGCGGGAAGAAGCCAUCAAGAAAAUAAGAAACAUACGGUCUGAAAAUAAAGUUUCUCAACUUUCUGCUUUUGAUGGUGAUGAGGAUAAGUACUGCUGUACGCAGUUCAAGGCAAAACCAAUACCUUCACACGUGUACUUACCAUUGUAUGAAAAAUUGAUGGAACAAAAUGCUUUAAAACGUGAAGCAGUUAGAGCGUACAGCAAAGAAAUUUUGAAGGCCACUGAAAAGCCGUUUUCUUUUACAGUAAGGGAAAAGCUGAAAAGAGAGAAAAAUGACUUUAGUCAGGAUAUAAGUAAACACUAUUAUAUUGAUAAGAAACCUCUACAGUCAAAAGACAACAAGUCUUUGGAUCCUUUAAACCUACCAUUACAGUUAUAUGAAAGGAGGUUUGAGCGUAUGCAAGAAGAUCUAUUGUUGAAUGAAGUUAAACGUCAGUUACGUGCUCAAAGACUUUUACAGUCAGCAUCUUUACCACCUGGUAUGGAAGAACGCCAACAUCGUAUGAAUAUGCGUAAACUUGAAAGAAAAGCUAGAGAUAAAAGACUGAACAGGAUUAAUGUAUUAGAUUUAGAUGAUUCAGAGAUAGGACAGAAACAAUAUCAUCAUUAUCAUCCAGCUCCUGAUUUUAAACAGUUACAUUGGAAAUCCAGUAAAACACUUCGACGUUUAUGGAAACCACCACCAGAGCCAACUAGACCAAAAUCAUUCAGACUGAGAACAAGUGAACGAGCUAAUUCAUCUGAUCGUCAGUUAUCACGUAAUCAAAACUUGAAGAAAGAUGAAAGGAAAAUCUCCCAACCAAUUCUACGACAACCAGCUAAGUGCUGUGUGGAACCAGCCUUAUCAAAGUCAACUUUUCUGCGAGAGAAUUAUAUACGUCAACAGUUGCUGGUGAAUAUUCGAUUUUUUUGGAUAAAUACUAAUAUCAGAAGUUCAUUAGCAAAAGCAGAUUUAGAUGAAAGAAAGAAGGAGGAGACGGAAUGCUUAAAACGAUUGAAGCAAAAAGAAGUGUUGAAUACAGUGAAAGAAACUUUAGGUGGACAGAUUAUAUCGCCUAAAAAGAUAAUCGAAUCUAUCACAGAAGAACGUAGACGUCAGCUAGUUCAACAAGAUUUAGCCCGUCAAGCUGAAUAUAAGCGUGAGCUGAAUGACAUUCAACAACGUGUUGCAUCAAAACCAUUACUGAUAACUAAACAGAAUCAACUGAUAGCUCGUAAACGUGCAGAAGCGAAAUUUGAAGCUUCUGUUAGACACGCUGGAUUAGAUCUAAACGAACUACUUGAAAAGAAUUUGAAAAAUAAUCGUCAAGAUCAAAAACUGAGUCCAAAAGCUAACUUGUCAAAAGUUCCAGUAGAAGUUUAUGACCCUAAAAAUCAUUUUGGUGACCUAGGAGACGGCUGAAGCUAACAAAGGAGACAGAUACAUUAGUGUCUACAUAAAUUUAUCAUUUUAGUUAAAAGUGUUUUAUCGUUUACUUCACUUAUUCUUGAAAUCAUUGUGACAAAAUUUACACAUUAUUUUAUCUUAUCAGAAUUCAAGUACUUUAACUGAUUUUUUUCGGAAAAUUGCAACAAAUUUUAUGUAUCAACACAUUAUAAGUUCUGUUGACCUUCUUUUCUUACAUUUGGUACUGAUUCCAUUAACUUUUCCUAUUCAUAUAAUGUCCACCUACCAUAAAAAAUUUAGCAAGUAAAGUCAACCUACUUGUAGGUAGUUAACUGUUGAGGUCAAAGGAUUUUAUUCAGUACUGCAAAGCUGUUACAGAUAACAUACAAGUGUUAGCGUUGAAUAUAUGAAGUUUAUGUAU